AUGAUACCAUUUGUGUGGUUGGCAUUCGCCUCUGCAAUUAGUGUCUACAUCUUCAACUACUACCGCUGCUUCACCCGCAACCUCGCCGCAGCCAAACAAUCGGGCUUGCCCUAUGUCGUAGCACCAGUCUAUGGAUUCAAUCGAUUCUGGCUCGUGACGCACAAGCUCUGGAUCCCGUUUCUCGAGAAGCUCCCCAAAUCCUGGACAGAUCCAUGGUUACAGUUCUUGGAUCCUGAAUGGACAUGGUUGAAGAGACACGAGCCCUUCAAGGCCAUCGGAAGUGACAUUUUCCUCGUGUGCUCGCCUGGUAGAAACUCGGUGUUUGUUGCCGACCCAGAGGCAACCACACAGAUUACUACCCGACGCAAUGACUUUCCCAAGCCAAUUGAGAUUUAUGGCUCUGUGGAUUUGUUCGGUAAGAACGUGGUUAGUACAGAGGGCUCGAUAUGGCGCCACCAUCGCAAGAUCACUUCUCCUCCAUUCACCGAGAAGAACAAUCAUCUUGUGUGGCAGGAGAGUUUACAUCAGGCGCAAAGUAUGAUGGCUUCUUUCCUUGACAAGAAUGCCGAGAAGGGCACUGUUUCUGAUAUCGCUGCUGCCACUAUGCGUUUGAGUCUGCAUGUCAUCAGUCGUGCUGGUUUCGGCAGACGUCUGCUGUGGCCGCACGAAGAACUCAAGGAGAAUGGACAAGCCGGUGUCGUACCUGAAGGUCACACUAUGACUUAUAAGGACGCACUGAGCACAUUGUUGGAGAACAUCAUUGCUGUGAUGCUUCUCCCGAAAUGGUUCCUUGCAAAUUCCCCAAUCAAGGCCAACAAAAUCGCCUAUGAAUCAUUCACCGAGUGGGGCAAGUAUAUGCGAGAAAUGUAUCAAGACAAAAAGGCGGAGAUCAGAGCAGGUGGAAAGCAGGAAGAAGGCAUGGAUCUCAUGGGAGCUCUUGUGAGCGGAGCAGGCAUCAAAGCAAACCAAGAUCCAGAAAAGGCCGACACACAACUUCUCACCGACAGCGAGAUCUUGGGCAAUGCCUUCGUAUUCAUCCUGGCUGGCCACGAGACUGCAGCAAAUACGCUUCAUUUCGCCAUGUUGUACCUGGCCAUGAACUGGUCCACCCAAGAAAUGCUCCAAAAAGACCUGGAUGAAAUCUUUGGCGACAGGACGAUCGACCAAUGGAACUACGAUCAAGAUGUACCGAAACUUUUCGGCGGUAUGUGCGGCGCCGUCAUGAACGAGGAACUCCGUUUGAUUCCACCCGUCGUCGGUAUUCCUAAAUGCACCCUCAAGGACUCACCACAACCACUGAAUAUCGGUGGCCGCCGUGUGAUCAUACCUCAGGGCGCCGCAAUCAAUCUGAUCACAGUUGCAUCCCACCGCAACCCCAAGUACUGGCCCACUCUCUGUGGUCCUAACGCCUCACCAGCCGAAAUCGAAAAAGAUCUCGCAAGCUGGAAACCUCAACGUUGGAUCUUGGACCCCUCGAAAUCAAGCUCGUCAGCAGCAAAGCAACAAGACACCCAACAUUCUGACUCUGAAGAAGACAUUGGCGGCCCCCAAUCCUCAGAUACAUCUUCUCACCUCUUCAACCCCGAACGAGGCGCUUUCAUCCCCUUUUCCGAAGGCUACCGCGCAUGUCUGGGUCGCCGAUUUGCUCAAGUCGAAGUCUUGGCUGUCCUAGCAGCCAUCUUCCGCGAUUACAGUGUAGAGCUGGACUUGGACAAGUUUGCCAGUGAAGACGAACUUGCGGGUAUGGAUGACGUGCUGAAAAGACAGACGUGGGACAAGGCUAGGGAUACAGCGGAAGGUUUACUCAAGCAUGGCAUGAUGACUAUCAUCACCAUUCAGAUGCGCGCAGGCAAGGUGCCUGUCAAGUUUACAAAGAGGGGCAGUGAGAAGUACAAGUACAACUGA